AGGGAGGGGGGAGCGGCCCGGGAUGGGGCCCGGCUCGGCGGGUCGCUGAGUCCCUCCUGGGUUGUUCAGCGUGUCGCAGGUGCCGGUGGCGGAGGGGAAGAGCGUGCAGCAGACGGUGGAGAUCCUGACGCGGAAGCUGGAGGUGCUGGGGGCGGAGAAGCAGGGGACGUUCUGCGUGGACUGCGAGACCUACCACACCGCCGCCUCCACCAUCGGCAGCCAAGACAGGGAAGCUGAUGUACGUGAUGCACAACUCCGAGUAUCCCCUCAGCUGCUUCGCCCUCUUCGAGAACGGUCCCUGCCUCGUAGCAGAUGCCAACUUUGAUACCCUCAUGGUGAAGCUGAAAGGCUUCUUCCAAAACGCCAAGGCCAACAAGAUAGAGAGCCGGGGCACCCGCUACCAGUACUGUGACUUCUUGGUGAAGGUGGGCACGGUGACAAUGGGGCCCAGUGCCCGUGGGAUCUCUGUGGAGGUGGAGUACUGCCCCUGCGUGAUCGCCAACGACUGCUGGAACCUGCUCAUGGAGUUCAUGCAGAGCUUCAUGGGCAACCACACUCCCGGCAUCCCGUCGGUGUUUGGCACCAAGCACGACAGCGUCUACAGCCCAGCAGACACCAUGGGUCAGUACAUGGAGCUCUUCAACAAGAUCCGCAAACAGCAGCAGGUGCCGGUAGCGGGGAUCAGAUGAAAGGACUCCCCGGAGCUCAGUUUAGAGCGAAUACAUCCUCUUCUCUGCCUGCCCAUCUGGAUCGGGAGUCCCUCCAAAAAGCAGCACUGGAGGCAGCCCAAAGCGGUUUGGUUUUUGUUUCUUUUUUUUUCCCUAUCAGUCUCUUUCCCCUGUUCCAAAGCAAAGGUCAGGAAUGCUCUGAGUAUUUCUUGUUGUCCUACCUCCUGGAUUUGAGCGUGUCUGGGGUCGGGCUGGUGGUUCUGAUGGUUCUGUGUGCACUGCUUCGUGCGGGGGAUUACUGGUCAUCGGCAGAAGGCCAGGAAAGGAGAAAUUCCAGCCAAAAUGCAUGCAAGGGCAGAGUUUCCUUGACUGCAAACAGCUACGUGAAAAGGUUUUGGUUUUUUUAAUAUUUUUUUUAGAUAUCCAUGCGAAAGUGUUUUGUUAUUUUUCAUCAAA